ACGUGCACGUGACGUCAGGAGGAGUUUGCGGAAAGGGUUCUGUUGCUGAGGCACAAAUUUCAGUAAUGGCGAUGACGGUGGGAAAAGAGGAAAGUGAAACGAGUGAAACCUUGUCCUCUUUUCUGUGCCCUGUCUGUCUUGAAGUUUUUGACAAUCCUAUUCGAGUGAAAUGUGGUCAUGUUUUUUGCAGUAUAUGCCUGCAUCAGUGUUUGAAGCCGAAUAAACCAGUCUGUGGGGUCUGCCGCUCACCUUUGAUUCCCAGCAAGAGGGCUGUGGAUGUGGAGAGGCUAAUCGAAACAACAGAAACGAAGUGCAGAGGCUGUGAAAUGAAACUUUAUCUUUCAAAAAUGCGUGCACAUGUUGCUUCCUGUCUCAAGUAUCAGAAUUAUAUUAUGGAAGGAGUACAAGCAGCUACCAAGGAGCAGAGGUCAGAUACCAGGAACGUUCCAAAUCGAUUCACCUUUACUUGUCCUUACUGCAGUGAAAAAAAUUUGGACCAAGAAGCGCUAGUUGAGCAUUGCUGUAAAUACCACAGCAUGGAUGCCAGACAAGUGGUAUGUCCAGUCUGUGUUUCCAUGCCAUGGGGAGACCCCAGUUAUGCGAGUGCAAAUUUCAUACAGCACCUUCAGAGGCGACAUAAAUUUUCUUAUGAUACUUUUGUGGAUUAUGAAGCAGAUGAAGAGGUCAUGAUACAAGAGGCACUGGCUCGCUCUCUAACAGAUCAUUGACUGGAAAACUGUGGCAUGUUGCAUCAUACUGGCGUUCUGUAAGGUGCCAGUGCUGUUUCACUUACCUUCAAAAGAUGCUUCAUCUGAUUGGCACAUACACAUAUUGGAUUUUUGAGUUGCUUUUCUUUUCACUUUGAUAUGCCUUCAGCAGCCACCUGUAAAUUGACCCGCAUAAAUACACGAAAGAGCUUCUGUGAAGUUCCUUACAGUUAUGGGAAUUAGAAGACUUUCUAAAUGCCUAAUUUUUAGUUUUCCCUUAAUUUUUUUGUAUGAUACACCCAUACAAGCAACUUGACACUGAAAUUUCUGUAUAUAAAGAGUCUGCUAUACAACCUUUAAGAUUGAAGAACAUGAUCCCUGUUUGUCAAAUACUGAAUAAGAUCACAUCCACCCCACAGAAGUGACAGGCUCUUUAUGACAUUUAUAAAGUGUAUGUUGUGUAUUUAGCUUGGUCUGCAUACUCACUGUCUCUGUACAGUGUCUGCUUCUGCCCUUAAGUUGGAUUAUUAUUAUUAGUAGUAGUAAUGUUAAUAACUGUAGCUCUGCAUCUCUUCGUAGGGGUAGGCAAUGUAGCAGUGACUCGCAUAUAGUGGGUGCUUGCAGAGGUAAACAACUUUAGAAUUAAGUCUGAAAUUUGCAUAUCUGUUCCUUACUGUUUAUAUUAAUGAGAAGUAUAUAAGGAAAAGGUCAAGAGAACCUUAGCGGUGCUGCAGUUGCUGUGCCUCAUAGGUGGUGUGUGAAAGUAGAAGGCAUGACAAUGUAGGAGGCACUUCUUUGUCUUUUUGCACAUCAGAAGUAGACUUGUAAAGUAUAGUUUAGGACAUGAUUUCCCUUCCUCUCUCGGGUAUUUCUGAUGCAGUAGUUAUACCACCAUCGUCUAACAUAAAAAGAUGACACAUUUCCCUCUGGUGGUAACUCAUUUUUUCCUUGCCAGAUUAUCUGAAGUGACGUCUUUGGUGACAGUUGUUUAUCAUAGUAUUUACUGUUGUAGUUUUUCAGUUUUGGGAUAUCCCUUCUUUCAGGCAGCCUGCACCCUUCCAGUCUUGUAAAGCACUUCCUCUCUCUAGUGCUUUGGCCUACUUCUGAUGCCAGAACAUUGUAUUUUUUUUUUUACUACCAAAGUGAAGCUGCUCAAACAUCUGCAGUUAUGGUAAGCUCCUAACAACUCAACUUUUGUCUUACAAAUAACCAGGCGCUCACAUUUCCCAGUUUUCAUUUCCAUUUACUACUGAAGACACCUUAGCCAAGUCUGAUUUUGAAUUCUUUUUCUCAUUAACUCACUAGCAGGAAUAAAUACAAUUUAUCUUAUAUUCUUUUGAAUAAAAGAAGUUUAUUACA